AUGUUUCGUUUCGAACAUAAUCAACGUCCAAAUGUGAUUAUUUGUCGUGCAGCCGCUCCCGGAGGUUUGGGCGCAGCCGGGAAAGGCCUCGACUUUGAAAAAAAGGUCGUUGGUUCGAUCCCGCUCGCCGCAAACUCAAGGACAUCUUUUUUUGCUCAAUUCCAAUCAUUUUGUCACACCGCCACACGAACCUCUUGUGUGUAUAUACCGUUGGUUCCCCUUGUUUUAGGCAAUUUUUUUUUCACGUUGUUUUCAUGGGUAUAUUUCUUCCGAUUUGUCUUCUUUUUUUUCUAUGAUAAAUUUUUUGCAAUUCUUGGAGGGGAAUAAAGAAAAAGAAAAAAAAAAUUUAGACGGUUAUUCGACGGCCGACGUCGAAUAUCACUGGUGCGACGCGGUGACGCAAGUUUGCACGAAGUCCGUAAACACCGAGGCGAUCGAGUUGCCCAGCUACAAAUUCGCUCAAGUCUGUGUCGGGAGGACUAUGGCCACCACGGCUUCUGGUGAGAGUUUUUGAAUAAAAAGCCUUAUCUUUUUGGGAAGAAAAAGGAGCUCAAAAUGAGAUUUUCCUUUGACUUUUUGCGAGAAAGGAAAAAAAGGCUUGAAAAAUUAAAUUAAAUAUAUUUUUCUCUAUGAGCUUCUUUUUUUCAGAGAAAAUUACAGAAAUAAUAAAUUUGAGGAAAAGAUGCAUUUUUUUGGGAUUAAAUUGAUAUUUUUAGACGAAAUUUUUCGUUUGAAAAUGUUGUGAAAACCAAUUUUUUUCCAGAGAAAUUAUAUCCUAGGAUUACUGUAAUUCAGCUUGGUGCAUACACUUUCUAUUGCGGACAAUGCACAUCCUCACGACAAUUUUGUUUCUUUUUUGCUUUUUAUUCCGAAUUCGUGUAUUUUUUUGAUUUCUUUUUCAUUGAAAUACAUACAGUUUCCUAUCAAAAAAAUGGGAUAUUUUUGAUUUCGCACAGAUAUUCAACGCGACUACGUUUUUUUAUUGUGAUAAAAGAGCCACAGGUGUCAUGAAUCGUGAAACUAGUUUUGAUUGCAGAUUCAGAUGAUUUCUUAAUCGAAUUCCUGUUUUCAGGUUCCUACUCACGACUCAUUUUGAACUUUAUUUUCGACCGGGAAAGCGGCUUUUAUAUGCUCCAAAUCUUCUUGCCGGCUGGUCUCGUCGUUGUUAUUUCAUGGGUACUUUGAAUUAAUCAAAUUAUUGAUUAGUUUGGAAUUUUCAGGUAUCAUUUUGGAUCAGCCGCGACUCGGCUCCUUCUAGGACUAUUAUUGGUUAGUUUUUUUUUUCUGGGAUUUUAGAAGUGUUUAAAUUUUAUAGGCGCCAUUUUGAAAUGCGAUAUUACACAACUAUUCGUUGAUGGUAUUGAAUUGAAAAUUUUCGAAUGCUUAUUUUUAAUGGGCUUGAAAUGGGGAUGUCAUUUUUAAGUGUUUUUUUUUUCAAAAUUGGCAAUUUACUCUUUUUGAGCUGUCUAUAGGAACCACAGCAGAUCUUUAAUGAAAAUUGUUAUUUUUUAUAUUAUUGCGAAUUUUUAGGCGUUUUAUCAAAAAUCAGAUAGAUUUUCUUAUGUUUCCAAGUUUUUUUUUCUCCAGUCGAAUUUUGAAAAAGUCUGGAUUUGAAGAGCAAAUUUUUAGUACAAAAAUGGCUUUUUCUCGAAUUUCUAGCAGUUCUAUAACGGAAAAAUAGCUCGAUUUUUGGUUUUAGAGCAUUUUUUUCUUUAAUAGCAGCCGCUUUGAAAAGUUUUUUUCCAAAGAUUUUUUUAAAAUUUUUUUGACUUUCCUGAAAGAGCUGCUAUAACUUUACCAUUAGAAAAGUCUUCCUAUAACUUUUUUUUUCCUGGAAAUUUAAGAAAAUUUUGCUUCAAAUGGCUUUGAGAGACGAAAAUUUUGAGCUGCGAAAAUUGAGCCUAGCCAUAAAUUUUUCAGCCAAUGCGCAGCCAAUUUAGUUGAUACGGAGUUCUCCUAGUUAGUAAAAAGCCGCUGCGCAGCGAACUGUCAGUUUCAGCUUCUGCGUCUUGAUUUAUUUGUAUUUAGAUGAGUUUACUGUUUCUGAAAAAUGAUAAUUCAUGGAGUAAUCAAUCUUGCCGGAAAAGUUUAGUUUAAACAUUUUGCAAAUCUAAGCCAAACUAACAGUUUUUGCUCGAAUUCCGAAUACUUUUCCACGAAAAAAGUUGAUUAUCACCAUUUUCAAGGCGUCAUGACGGUCCUAACGGAAACCCACCUGAUGACCGGAACCAACCGACGUCUCCCACCUGUGGCCUACGUCAAGGCGGUCGACGUUUACCUCGGCUUUUGCUAUCUUCUCGUCGUCCUGGCCCUCAUCGAGUACGCCUGCGUCGCCUAUUCUAAAGCUAGUUUUUGACCAUUUUUUCAAGAUUCAUGUAGAAAAAUUGAAUUAAAACAGCUUCAAGUAUUCUGAAAAACUGAAAUAAAACCUGUCAUAAGCCAUUUCUCGACGGAAAACGCGCUCAAUGGAUAAUUGAUUUUUGUGCUUGAUUUUCGAGUUUCAUGUAAAAAAUUUGAGUUGGAGCAGCCGCAAAGAGUCUGAGGAGCCAAAAAAAACUUGUUCGAAGCCAUUUUUCGACGGAAAACGCGCUCCAUGGAUAACUGAUAAUUUUUCACUUUUUUCGAAGAUUUUCAAGUUUUAUUUGGAAAAUUUGUGUUAGAACAGCCUCAAAGAGUCUGAAAAGCCAAAAAAAAAAAAUUUUAAAUGGUCCAAAAAACCACCCUUGUGCGCUCCAUGGAUAAUUGAUCAUUUUUUUAAAGAUUUUUCUACUUGAUUUUCAAGUUUUUGUAGAAAAUUUGUGUUAGAACAGCCUCAAGUAGUCUAAAAAGCUAAAAAAAAAGUUCAUAAACCAUUUUUUGACGGAAAAUCCCUUUUUUUUUUGUCAUUUCCACACGUUUUUAGAGACCUAAGAGACCUCAGGCUUCAUGUCGUGAAAAAGCAUAAAAUGGCCCAAAAAAAUUAUAGCUCCAUGGAUAAUUAAAAAAACCAUUCUUUCAGCUUUUCAGUUGAGAAUAACUUAUUUCAAACUUCAUUUUGAAGCUUUUGCCGUGAAAUUUUUGAAAAAAAUCCUUUUUUAUAUUAGGUGCUUGAAAUUUGAGAUAAAAGAGUCUCGAAUAGUUUGAAAUGCCUAAAAAAAGGUCUUUAACUUUUUUUCUCAGGAAAUUUAUCUUCCCAUGCGUUUUUUUCCAGUCAUUCCAAGCUGGGCUUAUCGAGAAAAAGAAAAAAACUGGCAAAAAAAUUAUUCUUGUGCGCUCCAUGGACAAUUGAAGUUCGAUUUUUUUCAAUAUACACAUUUUUGAGUUCCAAUUCAUUAAUUUCGCUCUACAAAGGGCGUUUUUUUGAACAUAUAGCCGGGAUUUUUUUAUUUGGAGCAGUAUAAAUCUUUUUUUGUGGAAUUUUUUUGUUUUUAAACUUCUAUUUUUCUAAUUUAAUCAUAACAGAAGCCUCGAAAACCACGGAAAAAGGUAAGAAAAAGGCGGCUUUUUCGCUUCGCUUUCUUGUAUUUGAUUCGUAUUUUUCUGAUCGUUUUGUGAAGCUUCUUUUGAAAUUGAGAGGGUAUAGUCCGUCCGCCGCGACUUGACAGUUUUCGCGUGUCUGCGUCUCUCUGUUCCCUCACCGGUGAGGUCAGAGAAACAAGAAAGUAGCACGUGAACAUGAGAGGGUUGCCGAGAGAUAAGGAGGGCGCAGAGAAGUCUUCAAGUCGCGUGAAACGGACUAGUGCAGCAUUUUCGUUUCAAUAUCCCAGAACAUUCCAGAAAAAGAACGAGGACCGACGGCGGAAAGAGAAGAAGUUGGAGCACAAGCCGGCUCCGCCCACACCGGACCUCUUGCAUGGUGAGAUUACUGUUUUGAGAGAAGUAUUUCAGAAGUUUAAAUCUUCUUAAGUCGGUUGUAAAUCGCUACUGAAAAAAAAACAAAAGGAUUUUAAGUAGAUUUUCAGAAAAGCCAAAUUUUUAGUGGCUUUUGGCAAAUAGUUUUGAGUUUUCACACUUGUUUUUUAACUUAAAAUUGCCCAAAAUGCUUUAAUUUUUUUUGAAAUAUAGCUGGAACUUAGCAAUUUUGAACACCUUGAUGUCAACUGCAUGCCAUUUCUUCAAACUUUUUUUUAAAAGUCUUUUGAAUUUCAUUUCAUUUCAAGUCGACUUCGUGACGCCUCAAAAAGGCCACAUUCCACGUUUCCGAAAAAAAAAGUUUCUAUUAAAAAGUCUCACUAGGAAAAGUUUUUUCCCAACCCUUUACUUGUCAGACUCUUUCUACUGAGAAUCUCCAGAGUGGUCCCUGUAGGGCCUCUUUAAGGGCCCCCUCUAGGGACCACUUUACUGAUCCUUAUAGCUACCCUUAGAGCUUGCGAAAGUGGUCUCUAUAGGGGUUUCAGUUAGGGACGACUUUUUUGUCCCCUAUGUGGACUGUUUUUUCUCUUGACUUCUAUAGGGACCACUUUAGGAUUUCUAACCAGGGAACGUUUUUUUACCCCCGGUUGAACUUUUUGCUGAAACUUUGCUGAAGUGUACUUUAGGACUCCUUGAUUGCAGAUCAAGAAAACAACUUAUUGCAAUGGAUCUCGUUUUCGAGUUAUGGAGCUUCAAAGUCCACUAAAUAUCCGAAAAAAAGGGACAAAAAAGCGUAAUUGUUCUUUUGGGCUGUCCUAACUCGAAAACGAAUUUCAAUGCGAGAAGUUUUCUUCUUGUUCGGGAAUCAGGGGGUCUUAAAGCACACUUUAGCAAAGUUUCAUCAAAAGUUCAACGGGGGGCGGGGAGUAAAAAAACUUUCCCUAGUAAGAAAAAAAUUUGUCGCCGACGAUUUUUUUGAAAAAAACUGAUAAAGUAUAAGACUGUUUCAAACUGUGAAUGAUAAGUUAUGUUUGAAUAUUAUCAUUAUUGAUAGAUUUUUCGAUUAGCCAUGAGACUUUUCAGACGCCCGCCUCGCCGAAUGCACCUGCAACGUCGAGCCAAGCUCGAUAAUCGCCGUCGUUCAGCAGAAAAAGAACCGUUACUGUGUCCGCCAUUCACACAUUGAUAUCGCCAGCCGUGUCCUUUUCCCAACUGCCGUUCGUUUCUUUUAAGACAUUUUAUAACCCACUAGUGGCUUAUUUCAAAAUCCAAUUUCGGGCCUGAGUUCUAUUUAAUUGAGUUAAAAGAAAAAAUCUAAACCUAUAUGGUCUGGAAGAACAUUUCUCGAGCAAAAUAGGGAAAUAAUAUGUUCGGAAAGAAACUUGAUUUUUUUUUUUGGUUCACGUCAAGUUGAUAAGAAAUAGAAUCAAACUGGGUUGGUGUUUUUAAAAGUGAACAAAAACGACUUGAAAAAGAGAUUGUCAAUGAAUUUAUAAUGCAAGAGGUUCAAAAAAGCUUACAAGGGCUUUUCAAAUUCAACUAGAGGAAAAAAGCCCAUUCUCUGUUCCCUCACCAGCGAGGUCAAAAAAAAAAGAACUUGAAAAAACUCAAAAACGAACAGAAAGGCUUUUUUUUUUCGAAACUCAUGUGCUUUUUUGAUAAAAUUUACCUUUCAAGAGAACGCAUGCGUCUUUGAAAAGCAUGCGCUCCAUGGAUAAAUUUCCAAUUUUAAUCGGAAAAGCUCAAAUAAAUGACUUCUGUAUGCUCAACAAAUGAUGAGCCAAAAAAACCUCAAAAAUAUACACAAAGGCUAUUUUUUCGGAAAUCAUGCGCUCCAUGGAUAAAUUCUGCAUUUCAAGCGAAAAAGCUCAAAAAAAUGACUUCGGUGUAUUCAAUUACCUUUAGAUAGCCUUAAAAUUAGAUGAUCAUUGAAUUUUCAAGCAAUGGGUCCUGACAGGAUCGUUGAGAAUUACUGUAAAAUCGAGGGAAAAAAGAUUACUGUACAGAAAACUUCCAAAUUUCGACUUUUUUCAGAAAAAUUUCUUCAGUUCAAAAACAGAAAUGGACUAUUUUUCAGUUCAUCGUGUUCAAUAUCCUCUUCUGGAUCAUCCUCUUGGCCAAAGCGAAAAGAUUGCCUUACUACAGUGAGACCAACGUCAGCCGGUGCUGA